AUGGUGCCCAGCGGCCCGCCUGCCUUGAUCUCAGUCCACCCAACCCAACCCAACCUCCAGAUAUUCUGCCGUCCCAGCCACCCGCGAAACUCACAAGCUUGCCCUCUCUCAACCAACAACGGACAGCAGCCAGCCUUCGUCGCCGUUGAAAGAAAACCGCCGAGUGGCCCGCAAGGUUUGUAUUCUGCAUUCCUCUCCUCCAUUGCGAACGCGCCAGUCUAUUCCCGUCUUUACGCAUCCUCGAUCGGUCGAGUGCCGUUGAACAAAGCCAUUCUUGCGUCGACGCUCUCCGCUUCAGUUUCUCAUCAGUCCCCCACCCCUCCGUACCCCGCGCAGGCUGCAUUCCAGCGGCCAAACUUGGCAUCCGCGCUGCGCUGA